AUGACACAACAUGGUAGUGAAAGUGAUACUCAAAGAGAUGCUGAAGUUCCACAGAAUACCUUACAAGCAGGCGCAGUCUACCAGUCUGACACCAUUGAGAUCCUACAUGAAGCCAGAAUAGAUAAUGCACUGACCAAAACCAACAAACCAGAUCUAAUCGUUAAGAACCGAACCAAGAAAUCAAUCAAAAUCAUCGAAAAAUCAGUACCAUAUGAUAACAACAUUGUUAAAAGAGACCGAGAUAAGAUUGAAAAAUACCAACCACUAGCAGCCGCACUUAAGAAGAGUAACCCAGACCACAAUGUAGCAGUCAUACCUAUAAUCAUUGGUGCUUUUGGUACAUACAACACAGACAACCAAAGAAGGUCAACCUACUGUCCACCACCUACCCUACUAUCUAAAGCAGCUAGACAUCAGAGACCACUCCUACACUUUAAAUAA